UUCAUAAAUCAUACGGCACCUCUCGCCGCCAGCCCGCCACCAACUCUGACCCCGCGCCCCUGCCUGCCUGCCUGCCUCCGAUCACGACAAGGGCGGAGGCCGAGGAGGAAACUGAACGUACGAUGGGCAACUGUCAGGCGGCGGAGGCGGCGACGGUGGUGCUGCAGCACCCGGGCGGCCGCGUCGAGCGCCUCUACUGGGCCACCAGCGCCGCCGAGGUCAUGCGCGCCAACCCGGGCCACUACGUCGCGCUCGUCACGCACCGGCCGGGGGAGGAGGGCGGGGAGCGGCGCGGCGCGGCGCGGGUGACGCGGGUGAAGCUGCUCAAGCCCCGGGACACGCUGGCGCUCGGCCAGGCCUACCGCCUCAUCACCGUCGCCGAGGUCACCAGGGCGCUGCAGGCCAAGAAGGAGGAGAAGACACGGAGGGCGGCGCAACAGCAGCAGCUCGUGCUGCCACAGCUCAAGCACGCCGGAGGGAGCCCCGGCGCCGGUGAGGACUCGCCGCAGCUGGUGGAUAGCGGCCUUGAUCAGCAGGGCAGGGACGGCCACCGGAGCAAUCCGAGCUCAGCGGCGCACCCCGGCGCCAGGCAUCGCCAUUGGCGCCCGUCUCUGCACAGCAUUGCCGAAGUCAGCAGCUGAUGUGACAAAAAUCCGUAGCCGGUGAGCACUUGCUGUUCGUCAGUCUUCAGCCUUCCUGCAAUCUGCAGAGGAACCGUGCGAUGCGACAACCGGUUGGUUCGUCAGACUCCGACCCUCGUCAGUACAAAGCGAACCAACACUUGUUGGGAAAAGGGGCUCCUAGUUAGCAUCGAGCCCUUGUAAGAUAAAAAAAGUAGUUGAAGAUCUUGCUCAGGUCGUUUUAGCGAGUGUAAGAUCGGUGUUGGGAGUUGGGACACACUCUGAAAAUGUCGAAAGGGAAAAGGAAAAAAAAAGAACAGUAGUGCUGUACUGUUAUAUUCAGACAUGGCGCAAAGUGGAGUACAUCCCUUUGCAGGUGUGUAGCUUUC